UGAUGAAAAUUCAUGCAGUUGUGGGCUACCAUGGCCCACCUAGAAGUCACGGCUUAAGCCCAUAAGCCCAUAAUACUCCCCGGAAUCACCACCUGACCCCUGAACCUCCGGGGCCUCUCCGCCGCCGUCAUUGUUCGAGCUGCAGCUCAAUCACAGACCCUUCAGCCGGAGCUCCAAUCUCGCCGCGGCUGGGAAACUUUCCCAGGAGAAUUACAGUACAGUACAGUACAGAGUUUCUGCUAGUUUCCGCCGUUUUGAGUUUCAUUCAUCUAUCGAGCCGUAACAAGGUUCCGUUUUGCUUACCUCCGGCAAUGGAAUGAGAAGAAGAAGAACACGGUAAAAUUAGGUUUCCUCGAUUCGAUCUCUGGUUCGUCACAACAUGGAUUCCCGCUGUUUCAUCACCGAAUUCUGCUCGAAUCCCGUUUUCCCACCACCAGUUCCAAAAACCCUCAAUAAACCCUUCCUCGCUCUACCUUGUCGUUGGUCUGAUCGAGCCCACCGCUGCCUCUCCUUCGAUUGCACCCGAUUUUCAGCUUCACCGGAGACUGCGAAGAAUAGGCGGUUCCCAAAGUUGGAAUGCGUAAACACUAGGGCGAGUCAGGAAAUAAUCAAGGAUGCUGGCGAGGAAAAGAUGAAGAAGAAACCUGGGGUUGCUAAGAAAAAGCUAGCUGUUUUUGUCUCUGGUGGAGGGUCCAACUUCAAAUUGAUUCAUGAAGCUUGUCAUGAGAGAUCCGUUCAUGGCGACGUUGUUGCUUUGGUCACCAACAAAACUGACUGUGGAGGCGCCGAGUAUGCAAGAAAUAAAGGCAUCCCAGUUCUUCAGUUCCCUAAAACAAAAGAUGGUGCUGAUGGACUAUCCCCAACUGACCUCGUGGCUGCUCUCAGGAAUUCUGAAGUUGAGUUUGUGCUCUUAGCUGGGUUUCUAAAGCUUAUACCUGCUGAGUUGAUCAGGGCUUAUCCUCGAGCCAUGCUAAAUAUCCAUCCAUCUCUUCUUCCGGCUUUUGGAGGAAAAGGGUAUUAUGGGAUGAAGGUGCAUAAAGCGGUCAUAAGCUCUGGCGCGAGGUACUCGGGGCCAACAAUUCACUUUGUCGAUGAGCACUAUGACACUGGGCGUAUCCUCGCACAGAGGGUCGUCCCAGUUCUGUCAACUGAUAGUCCAGAAGACCUUGCUGCCAGAGUCCUGAAAGAGGAGCAUAAGCUAUACAAAGAAGUGGUAGCAGCCUUAUGCGAGGAAAGGAUUGUGUGGAGGGAAGAUGGCGUUCCUCUCAUUCAAAGUAGACAAGACCCCAACCUUUUCUGCUAACCUGGAAAACAAGAUUUUACAUUAAUCUAGUUCAUCAAACCCACAUCUUCCAUUUUACUUUUGGGCGCAAAUCAAUUCACUUGUACUUUUACUGUUGUGUUAUUCAACCAAGAUUCCUUGUUAGUAUAUUGUGCUCUUAUACGGCCUGCCAUGACCAAAAUAUAGUUAAAAUGGGAUUACAAUUUACAAGAGCUCAUUCAGGC